UUCUCUCUUUCUUUUUCUGGUAUGAGUUAUAUAUCAAACAAGAAGCAUGAAAUAUUUGAUGGCUCAUCGUGAUCUCCUCUUCACCCUGUUUCUCUUUUGCAUUUUCGCUGCAAAUCAUGCAUGCAACCAAAUAGACCAAAACUCUCUCUUGUCCUUUGCCUUCAAUGAGUCUUCUCUUCCAUUGAAUUGGUCUUCGUCCAUUGAUUGUUGCCAUUGGGAAGGUAUUGCUUGUGAUCCUGCAGGUCAUGUCACGCAUAUUUGGCUACCUUCUAAGGGCCUCAAAGGCAGUAUAUCUCCCUCUCUCGGAAACCUCACACAUCUUUCUCACCUCAAUCUCUCUCACAAUUCUCUUUCAGGUCCUCUCCCUACCAGAUUCUUUUCGUCCUUGAAUCAACUCAUGAUCCUUGACUUGAGCUACAACUAUCUGGGUGGAGAUAUAUCAUUACAAUUUGCAUCUAAUAGCUCAUCUAAUGGUACUUGGCCAACCUCCAUUCAAAUACUUGACAUGUCAAGCAAUAACUUCAAUGGGAUGAUUCAACCUUCAUUCCUCGCACGAGCAUGGAACCUGAUCAAGCUCAAUGUCAGCAAGAAUAGUUUCACGGGCCCGAUUCCUUCAUCUCUAUGCAUCAAUUCUCCCUUUGUCAGGCUCCUUGAUUUCUCUCUUAAUCAUCAUGGUGGCCAAAUUCCUACUGGACUAGGGGAGUGUUCUGAACUAAAGGUUUUUCGAGCAGGUUUUAACUCUCUUUCUGGACUACUCCCUCAUGAUAUGUACAGUGCAACAAGGUUAGAAGAAAUCUCCUUACCUUUCAAUAAUCUUUCAGGACCCAUUAGCAAUGACAUCAUGAACCUUACCAAACUCACUAACCUUGAGUUACAUGUCAAUGGAUUCAGUAGCAAGCUCCCGGCGAGUAUUGGAAAGCUCUCCAAACUAAAGCACAUACUCCUUCACAAAAACUUUUUAACUGGUUCUUUGCCCCCAUCUUUGAUGAAUUGCACAAAUCUCAUAGAAUUGAGUUUACGGUACAAUUUCUUUCAAGGAGAUAUCUCCUCCCUUAAUUUCUCCAAUCUUGGUUUUCUUACUAUACUUGACAUGGGAAACAACGACUUCACUGGUACCUUGCCAUUAAGCCUUUACUCAUGCAAGUCCCUAAGAGCAAUUCGACUUCCCCAAAAUAGGCUUGAGGGACAAAUUCUUCCUGAGGUGCUUCAACUGAAACUCUUAUCCCACCUUUCGCUUGCUAACAACAGUCUAACCAAUGUAACAGGGGCAAUCAAGAAUUUGAUGGGUUGCAAGAAUCUCAGCCUAUUAAUCCUUGCAGUAAAUUUCAAGCAUGAGGCAAUGCCAACUGAUGACAUAAUAGUUGGUUCUGAUAGAAUAUUUGAAAAUCUUCGAUUUUUCAGUCUUGCUCAUUGCCAACUCACUGGUCAAUUGCCUCUGUGGAUAAUUGAGCUAAAGAAGCUACAAGUCUUGGAUCUAAGUCACAAUCUCAUCACAGGUUCAAUUCCCAAUUCUUUGUCGACUCUUCCAGGGCUCUUCUUAUUAGACUUGUCUAAUAAUCUCAUUUCGGGUGAAUUCCCAAAAGAACUUUGUGGAUUGCCAUCAUUGAUAUCAGAACAAAACAGAACUCUAGCAGACCAUCCUACUCUAGAUUUACCUCUCUUUUUCUACGUAAGUGGUGUCUAUAGCCAGUACAAUGUUCUCACCAACUUGCCACCAGCAAUAUCAGUCGGAAACAACAGUCUUAGCGGCAACAUCCCGGUUGAGAUCGGUCGUCUGCAGUUGCUUCAUAUUCUGAGUCUUGGCCAUAACAACUUCUCAGGCGAAAUUCCAGACCAAAUAUCUAAUCUCACAAACUUGGAAAGACUGGAUCUCUCUGCAAAUCAUUUGUCUGGUGAAAUACCAGCAUCAUUAGCUAGUCUCCAUUUCUUGUCUCAGUUUAGCGUUGCAAGCAAUAAUUUGCAUGGACCAAUACCAUUAGGCACUCAGCUCUUGAGCUUUGGUGCCUCUGCAUAUGAAGGCAACCCAGGACUUUGUGGCCCCCCACUUCCAAAUGGGUGUGCCGAUAUUGUUAGCAGCAACGUUGACAAGGAUCACGUUCAGGAUGAUGAAGAUUGGCUUGGAAUGCCAUGGUUUCCGGUCAGUGUGGUUCUUGGCUUUAUUACAGGCUUUUGGGGAGUCUUGGGUCCUUUACUUUUUAGCUACAAUUGGAGAGUUGCAUAUUUCCAGUUCCUGGACAACGUAAAAAAGAGGCUCUAUGUCACACUAGGGAUGUGUUUGACUGGAUUGCACAGAAGGAGGUUAUGAGUGUAUAUAAUCUUCUUUCACCCCAAGAAAAAGAAAAAGGAAAAAAUGAGAAUAAGGUUGUAGUGAUGUCCAGAAGUAUUUCUGAGUCAGGAACUUUCUCUUGAGGUUUUUGAACUGUACGUGAA